AUGGCUAUGGACUCUGCUACCCUGGCUGCCCUGGCCGCCCAGGACCAAGGUCCAACCAUUCUGGGAGUCUGCUGGCUCUUGGUCAUCUUUCCCGGUCUGGUAGUCGCUCUGCGGAUCUGGUGUAAGACUGUUCUGAGCCGCAGAGGUUUUGGUGUGGAUGACAUGAUCAUCCUCCUAGCAUGGUCAUUACUCCUCAUCUAUACCAUUCUUAUCACGAGGGCUGUGAAUAUGGGAGUCAUUGGCAAACACGUAGCUACAAUUGAAGAAACUCAAAACAUUCCAGGGGCUCUCAAAAUGAUCUACAUCGGCCUCACGAUUGUUAUUCUGGGUUGUGUUUGGAGCAAGACGUCGUUCGCCUUUACCCUCCUGCGCAUUGUGACCAAGACGUGGAUGAAGGCUCUUCUGUGGUUUAUCAUCAUCACCAUGAACACUGUCAUGAUUCUCUGUGCCAUCUGUUAUAUGGCUCAGUGCAAACCAGCUGCUGCCUUGUGGAAUACCGCCCUCAUGGCUACAGCUAAAUGCUGGCCAACUAGCGUGUUUGAGAACAUUGCUCUUGUUGCUGGAGCCUACUCCGGAUGCAUGGACUUCAUUCUUGCUCUCCUGCCUUGGCUUAUCCUCUGGAAACUCGAAAUGAACAGGCGUGAGAAGAUUGGUAUUGCUCUCGCCAUGAGCAUGGGUGUCUUUGCCGCCAUCACAGCAUUCAUCAAGACCUCGAAACUCGUCAACCUUGCCCAGGUUCAGGAUUUCACCUACUUCUGCUCCAGCAUCCUCAUCUGGGCCUCCGCCGAAACCGGUCUCACCAUCUUCGCCGCCUCAAUCCCUGCACUCCGCAUCCUCAUCGUGCGCAUCCGCUCCAGCUACCAGGCCAGUGAAGAAAUUGAGGGUACUUACCCCCUCAGCACCAAGUCCGGUAUCGAGACCACACAGGAGGUGACUGUUGAGCGCCACACUAGCCACACAAGCGAGGAGAGAGCUCACAGCGGGGAGGAGAGGGCUCACAGUGGGGAGGAGGCACGUUGA